AUGUGGUUGUUACUAGGGUUUCUCUCCGUUAUUUUUCACUCUUCGUGGGCCUCCCUAUCGGAUCAAGUCUAUGUCCAACUAGAGCCAGAGUCUGUGGGAUGUUUUCGACUGCUAAAUGGAACACACCAAUUCGGAUGCCAAUCUAGUCGAGGCGGCGAUGUUGGACUUGUUGUAAGGGCCAACAUGGAUACUGAUGUACGAUACGUUGAUGAUUGUUGGAAAGCUAGGUAUCCGGAAUGGGAUGGUGGCUUUGCUGUUCUAGUAAGCCAUGUUAAUUUUCACAGUUCUGGGGCUCGCCUUUAUGAAAAAUUGCGAGCAUCUCCGUGCGUCUCGAUGGUGCUCCUAUAUGAAGUAGAACCUUUACCCGAUGUUGACGGAAUGCCAAACAGUGACGAUUCGACAUGUCCCAACGAAAAUUCAGGAAUUUAUGCUAAUUGUUCAAAUUGGAAUGUGGACGGAGCUGCUGUUGCGAAUGGUCUUUCAUUUACAGAUUGGCCCAAGCCAGUGAUCUUUUUGAGAAACACCAGCAAUAUUGAAAAGCUCAUGAAGUGCGCUAAUGUUGUCAAUAAAGCGUUGGGCCCACCCACGGAUUGGCCUGUAUGGUUUCCACUUUGUGCUGUGUCUGUCAAGAUGUUUUCCUAUGCCGCUGGAAAUAGCGACAUGUGCAUGAGGCGCAGUCGUGGACCGAUAGCUGAACUUGAUGCUCCCGUCACGCUCUGUGAUCCAUUACAAGAUUUGAACGUCUUCAUUGCUAUGCCACCGAAAGCCGCCGAUAAACAAACAGAAGAGCCAAAACCUAGAACUGCUAAAUACCUUUCGAUUGCCACUAGGAUGGAUUCACUUUCGUUCAUUCCUGAAGUUUCUCCCGGUGAUUUUUCAACUAUCACUUCAAUAAUGACGGUACUUGCUGCGGCUAAAGCAAUUGCUGCUGAAGGUAGUGGAUUCGAAGCAGCCGCUAACGCGUCAGACCGGCGUAUUCUUUUUUCGUUCUUCCAUGGGGAAGCCUUUGAUUAUAUUGGAAGUAGUCGAGCACUCUUUGAUAUGUCGAAAGAACAAUUUCCCGCUUCGUUUGACGAAAAACUGCGGGCUCAAAAAGAAAUAAUCACUCCAGAUCAAUUGGAGGCUAUGAUCGAGGUGCAACAGGUUGGAGCAGGAGAGCCUCAAACGUAUGAAAAGUUUUAUGCUCAUUUGCAUCGACCGGCUUACGAUAAGGACAAAAAAUUGACCGACAAGUUUGUGGAUGCUGCUCAAUCAUUAGGUUCAAAAUUGAACUACGAAAUUGAGCUUGUCUAUAACGAAACCGAUAAUACUUUGCAACUUCCUCCGUCCUCUUUGUAUUCAGUCUAUCGAAAUUCUACGACCAAUCUUCGGUCGGGAAUAUUGCUCACCCAGUUUAAGGAAAAGUAUCAGUACACCCGAAUUAAUUCUAUGAUCGAUCACAGUCGCCAUUCGGAUGUUAACGCUAUUCGGCUGCCCAUAUCUGUUCGACAUGGGGCCGAAAUCCUUGUUGCUAUGGCUAACGAUUAUGUGGGAUUCAAACCAAAGAAUGUGACAAUCGAUGAGGCUUAUAUCAACCAGUUAUUCAAGUGUUUUAUUAGUUCGAAAGACUGGUGGACUUGUGAUCUAUUCGCUGCCGUUCUGGAACCAAUCAAACCAUACAUGGGAUCAAAGAAAGCUAAAACGACUUACAUUGGAGCGGAUGGCGCUUCGUUGAUACGACAUCUGGUCUUUGGACUUGCAGUUGAUGCAACCGGUGUGCGCAAUUUAACCACGAACGUUCACGAACAAGUCCAAUGUGAUCAACUAAAUCACCAUCAAACGCUUUAUCAUUUUCUUUGGCAAAGAAGCGGCAAUGAUUCCUCGUGUCUCCGUUCAACAGUUUUCACCACAAAAGCACUCUCUCCAGCGUUUAUUGAUGAAACCAUUGACCUAACAAACACAACGUUCUCUACAUGGACAGAAGCAUCCUAUAGCCUUUCCGAUGGCACAAAAUAUAGUCGCGCUGGUCCACGGCUUUUUGUUAUGGAGAGGAUAAAAAAUGAACAAACGACUGUAGUUGUCGCAUUGCUCACUUCUUUGAUUGCAGUGCUGGUUGUUGGACGACUUUCGGUGCAAACAUUUAUCUUCGACGAGGGCGAGGAUGCAGCUGAACAUGGUGAACCAUUA